AUGGACCUCAUUCCACCCGCGCCGGUGCUUGCGCGGCCGGCGCUGUCGCGGUUGGAACGGCGCUCGGGGCGGAGGAGACUCCUGGCGAUGCGGUCCAGGUCCGGCGCCGCGCUGUGCUUCGCCUUCGCCGCGUUCCCGGCCGCCGCGUUCCCGCGCCGCGCCGGGCGGCGCUUCGGGAGGGCCAGAGGCGCGGCGCUUCGGGCGAAGAAGCCGGCGCCGAUGCCGGAGACCCAACGGGUGUACCCGGCCAAGGAUCUUUGCAGCCGCUGCGGGCUCUGCAACACCUCCUUGAUCUCCAAGGUGCAGUCCGCCUGCGCCUUCCUGGGGCACGGUAUGCUGCGCAUUGAUUCCCUCGAGAGCCGCGUGCACGGCAGGCAACGCACCGAGGAGGAGCUGUACUUUGGGGUGGCUCAGCACGGGAUCCACUCCAUCCGAACCAAGCCGCAGCAUGCGCCAAAGACGCGCACCGCGUGGACAGGGGUGGUCACCGCCAUCGCCUGCGAGAUGCUGCGGUCCAACAAAGUGGACGCAGUGCUGUGCGUGGCCUCGAAAGGUGACGGCGCACAGCUGGAGCCGAAGCCGAUCCUGGCGCGCACGGAAGCGGAGGUCUUGAGCAGCGGUGGAGUGAAGCCAAUGCUGAGCCCCAACUUGCUGCCCCUGGAAGAGCUUUGGCAGGUGCGCGGAGGGGAGAUCCGGCGGCUGCUCUUCAUCGGCGUGGGCUGCCAGGUGCAAGCGCUGAGGGCCGUGGAGGAGGAUCUGGGCCUCGAGGAGCUCUACGUGCUGGGCACCAACUGCGUUGACAACCCUCGGAGCCCUGAGGCCCUGCAGCGGUUCCUCAAGAGCGCCAGCGAGUUCCCGGACACCGCCGCCGGCUUCGAGUUCAUGCAGGACAACCGCAUCCAUGUGAAGCACAGCGACGGCCGCUACGAGCGCAUCCCCGUCUUUUCCCUGAAGGACCCGCAGAUGUGCACCGGGGUCAUCGCAAAGAGCUGCUACGCCUGCUUCGACUACGUGAAUGCGCUCACGGACCUGACCGUGGGCUAUAUGGGUGCUCCGUGGGAGGGCAAGGAGAUGACGCAGCACAGCCAGUACUGCGUGGUGCGCAACGCCAAGGGCCAGGAGAUGCUGGAAAUUGCCAAAGAUCGCCUCCGGAUGGGCGAGGUGGACUUGGAGGUGCCGGGCCGCGUGGAUCGCUUUGGGCUGCUGCCCCAAGUGCUAAAACCUGAGCUGGACCUCGCCUUUGGCCGGCGCAAGGCCUCAGUGGGCCCGCCGCGCUGGCUGGCGGAGCUGCUGUGCGAGCUGCUCACGCGUCUGGGCCCGCAGGGCCUGGACUUUGCGAGGGCCUCCAUUGAGCGCGCCACGGUGCGGAACCUCGUCUGCCUGGAGGCCAUGCGCGGCCAGAAGGGCAGCCCCCGCACCUCGGCGGAGCUGGGCGUGCCCCGGCACGCGGCCAGGAUCCGGGAGAAGUACCAGGACCUCUACGAGGAGUUGCUGGCGGCCUACAGCGACGGCACCGUGCAGUGA